CAACAACAAGAGUCCGGAAAAGUUUCCAGGAGGUAUACUAGCUAAAGGAAGUAGACCAGACUUGAUAAGCAUCAUAAUUGGGGCAAAACCAAUGUAACAAGAUGUCAGAAAUUGGGACCAGUCAGGAAGAUGUUGACAUUCUGAGACAACCAGAUGUGUGUGCUGCUGUAAGGGAGAUUUUACAGAGUGUUUUAUGCCAGUCACGGAGAACAGGUGUUCAUGUCAGCAUUAAAUCAACCAAAAACAGCCAGAACUCACCAAGAAAAUCAUGGUUCUAUGUUAAAGUUAGCACCAAGUCUGCCAUUGACAGGACUCAGUUAGAAGGCAAAUGUAGGAACCCAGCAUUAUACAGCAUACUUGAAUACAUGCAGUCUCUGGAAAAUGAGAGCCAUCUUUGUAUACAGAAUCCAUGUGACCUUGAAGGUGAAGGUCACCAUUCAGUGCAGCAGAACCUGCUUCUGGAAGGAGAAAGAUUAAAAGUGCUACAUGAGGUCAAAAGGUCAAAACAGAUAGAAGACUCCACACUUCAUUUAAGGGUUCACCAGUCUGUGUUACACAUGAUGAAGGCAUGCGCACAUAUACACAGUCACAUGGCACAAAUCAGAAUUUUCAGACCAAAGGUAGAUAUGAGUUUUACAAUGAAAGUUGGAGAGGCAGUGUCUCAUACAGUCUUCAGGGUAGAAAACAGGAAAAAACUUUCACAGUGGUUGCCUUCUGUUGUUACAGACUCUGCAUUUUAUCUGCAGGAUAGUGAUAUGAUAGCAGUUUCACAGUCAGUGACACCAUGUUGUUUAGAUCCUACAUUGAUCAAUGUACAAGUCUUGACUGCACAGAAUGAAUACAAGAAUGCAUCUAUCAAGUUGUCACCAGUAGCAUUAUAUAUCCCUGUAGCAGAAUCAGAGUCCAGCUAUAGCAAAUUGACAUUUUACGGGCCUGGAUAUUUGCCACUAGAUGUUAAUGUAGCCUGCACACUGCUUGAAGAUAUUGAAUGGAGCAAGUAUGGCUUGAAAAUUGAUGGAGAGACUAAAGCAAAAACUUUCAAAGGCUUGUUACCAUGUAACACCAAUGUUACUCUGAAGUCAACACGGAGUGGCUACGAUAUGGACCAUUUUACCAUCCAUGUAUUCAUUCUAAUACAGACUGUUGAUGCAACUGACAUUGCAGCAGAUUACCAGCAAGUGAAUGAGAAUUUGCAGUCAGUGUUGAAGGAACAUAGACACACUGUGAUCAGUGUAAUACAGGGAGCCUUAGACAAAUUACUACAACCUGUCCUCAACAAGGCAAAGAAUAGAGCAUUAGUGAUAAGAAGUAUCAACAGUAUAUGUAAGGCAGUGACAGACAUUGUGUCCAUGAGCAGUAAUGAACAGUUUAGAACAACUGCACUGCAGUGUAUGAAGGUUACUGAUACAGUGGAACUGGGAGUUGAGAUGAAUCAUAAACUAAUGGAUAUAAGUCAGAGAAAACAUCCAGGAGUGUGGGCGGGUCAUUUGGAGAAAUAUUACUCUCAUUCUAAGGUAAGUGGGCAGCAUUUACAUGGUGUCUCCACAGGAAGUCUAAGUUGUGGUACAAGACAUGAUGUUGAGACAGCAGUGGCAGAAGUAUUAGACCAGAAUAAAACAGGAGAAUUUCAGGUAGAAGUUACUGGUAGUGUUAUUGAAGCUAAUACUACACUGGAGGAUAAGUCAGAUGAUAACUAUGACAGCAGGAACAAAGAUAGAAAUGGAAACUGUGACGUUAUCACUGGCCAAACUUUGAAAGUUUGGUGCACAACCAAAACUCAGAAUCGUGUAAACUCUGACACAGUUGAACAAAAUAAUGAAAGUUCCAAUAAAAGACUGGAAACUAUACAUGUUAAUCCUGAUAGGACUCCUGAAAUACUCAAGAUCAUUGAGGACAUGGAAAAAGUGUCUCCAUUCCACCAGUUAGGUGAGGACAGUCCUGAUAUAGGUAUUGACAAAGCAGCUCCAUUCCAUCAGCUAGUUGAGAGCAGCCAGGAGGUUAGUUUGGAAAAAGUGUCUCCGUUCCAUCAGUUAGUUGUGGACAGUCCAGAUGUAGGUAUGGAAAAACUAUCUCCAUUCCACCAGUUAGUUGAGGACAGCCAGGAGGUUGGUAUGGACAUGACACCUGAUAUCUCGAAGAUCACGCAGGGGAUGAAAGAUGUCUCUCCAUUCCAGCAACUGGCAGGUGAAGUUAGAAUAGGGCAAUCAAGUCCCCAAGUCAGUGAGGAAGACCCAUGUCUACCUGAAAACCAUUUACAAAAAGUCUCAGAUAGCCAAGUCCCAAAUAGUAGAUUUCCAGAAAGUUUCUGCUUGAACAGUGUUGUUGGUCUUCAUCCAUAUUCUUACUCUAAUGUUCAGCAUAACCAAGAUGUAAUAAAGUCCAGUGUUGACAGGUUAGUUCCUACAUCAGACUGCAAUAAAGAAGUUGAUAAAACUGAAGCAGUGUUAAACUUGCAAAAAAUUGUAAGAGACAAGGACUUGGCCAUAUUUAGAACACAAUCAAAUGUAUCUAAUUAUGAUUCUGAAUUAAUAAACUCUGAGGACUUUGGUCCAACUUUUGAAGUAGUUUCAAAUUUUGUUGAUGAAGUAGUCAGUUUGGAAAAAUCUCAGAAGUUCACGAACAAAUUUCAAUAUAAACUGUCCAAAGCAUCAGAAUGUACCAUUAAAGAUUCACUUCUGCAAAGUGAUAGCAUUGUAAAAGACAAACAAAGCAAUCAUCUACAUGGAAAUGCAAAGCAACAUAUUAAAAUCACUCCUGACAAAGGAAUGGAAAUAGCUGAGGAAAAGGAAACUACUAGUGUAGAAAAUGAUGAUAAAAUUAAGAGCUCUAAUGUUGAAAAUAAACAUCCUGGUAGAGAAAAUGUUCAGGCUUUGGAUGACUUGUUUAAUGAUGUUUUGAUUGAAUUUGGAGAAUGGCUGAAUUGAGUUUAGGUUAUAUUGAACAGUUCUAAGAAUACUUUUGAUACUGUUUUUAGCUCACCUGUCACAUAGUGACAAGGUGAGCUUUUGUGAUCACCCUUCGUCCGUCGUCAGUCCAUCCAUGCAUGUGUCCGUGCGUCAACAAUUUCUUGUCUGCACGAUAGUGGUUUCAUUUAUGAUUUGAUUUUUACCAAACUUGCACACAACUUGUAUCACCAUAAGAUCUCGGUUCCUUUCUUGAACUGGCCAGAUCCCAUUAUGGGUUCUAGAGUUAUGGCCCCUGAAAGGGCCAAAAUUAGCUAUUUUGACCUUGUCUGCACAAUAGCAGCUUUAUUAUGCCCCCCUUUGAAAAAGGAGGGGUAUAUUGUUUUGCAGAUGUCGGUCGGUCGGUCUGUCGGUCGGUCGGUCGGUUGCUCGGAAUGUAGACCAAUCCGUUUCCGGAUGAUAACUCAAGAACGCUUGGGCCUAGGAUCAUGAAAGUUGAUAGGGAGGUUGGUCAUCACCAGCAGAUGACCCCUAUUGAUUUUGAGGUCUGUAUGUCAAAGGUCAAGGUCACAGUGACCCUGAAUAGUAAAACGGUUUCCGGAUGAUAACUCAAGUACACUUGGGCCUAAGAUCAUGAAAGUUGAUAGGGAGGUUGGUAAUGACCAGCAGAUGACCCCUAUUGAUUUUGAGGUCAGUAUGUUAAAGGUCAAGGUCACAGUGACCCUGCAUAGUAAAACGGUUUCCGGAUGAUAACUCAAGAACACUUGGGCCUAGGAUCAUGAAAGUUGAUAGGGAGGUUGGUAAUGACCAGCAGAUGACCCCUAUUGAUUUAAAGGUCAGUAUGUUAAAGGUCAAGGUCACAGUGACCCUGAACAGUAAAACGGUUUCCGGAUGAUUACUCAAGAACGCUUAGGCCUAGGGUCACGAAAGUUGAUAGAGAGGUUGGUAAUGACCAGCAGAUGAUCCCUAUUGAUUUGAGGUGAGUAUGUCAAAGGUCAAGGUCACAGUGACCAGGAACAGUAAAAUGGUUUCCAGGCAAUAACUCAAGAACACUUGGGCCUAGUGUCAGGAAACUUGAUAGUUAGGUUGGCCAUGACCAGCAGAUGACCCCUAUUGAUUUUGAGGUCAUUAGGCCAAAGGUCAAGGUUACAUUGGCCGGGAACAGUUAAAUGGUUUCUGAUCUUCUUGUCCAAAACCAUAGGGCCUAGGGCUUUGAUAUUUGGUAUGUAGCAAAAUCUAGUGGUCCUCUACCAAGAUUGUUCAGAUUAUUUCCCUGGGGUCAAAUAUGGCCCCACACCUAGGGUCACAUGGUUUAUAUAGACUUAUAUAGGAAAAACUUUGAAAAACCUCUUGUCCAAAACCACAGGGCCUAGGGCUUUGAUAUUUUGUAUAUGACAUCAUCUAGUGGUCCUCUACUAAAAUUAUUCAAAUUAUUCCCCUAGGGUCAAAUAUGGCUCCGCCGUGGGGGUCACAUGGUUUACAUAUACUUAUAUAGGGAAAAACUUUGAAAAUCUUCUUGUCCAAACCACAAAGACUAUGGCUUUGGUAAUUUGUAAUGUAGCAUCAUUUAGUGGUUCUCUACCAAGUUUGUUCAAGUUAUCCCUCUAGGGUCAAAUAUGGCCCCGCCCCAAAGGUCAUAUGGUUCAUAUAGACUUAUACAGGGAAAAACUUAGAAUCUUCAUGUCCAUAACUUACAUCAUUCAAAUUUGCCAUUUAUCAGUCCAUCCAUGCAUGUGUCCGUGCGUCAACAAUUUCUUGUCUGCACGAUAGUGGUUUCAUUUAUGAUUUGAUUUUUACCAAACUUGCACACAACUUGUAUCACCAUAAGAUCUCGGUUCCUUUCUUGAACUGGCCAGAUCCCAUUAUGGGUUCUAGAGUUAUGGCCCCAGAAAGGGCCAAAAUUAGCUAUUUUGACCUUGUCUGCACAAUAGCAGCUUUAUUAUGCCCCCCUUUGAAAAAGGAGGGGUAUAUUGUUUUGCAGAUGUCGGUCGGUCGGUCUGUCGGUCGGUCGGUCGGUUGGUCGGAAUGUAGACCAAUCCGUUUCCGGAUGAUAACUCAAGAACGCUUGGGCCUAGGAUCAUGAAAGUUGAUAGGGAGGUUGGUCAUCACCAGCAGAUGACCCCUAUUGAUUUUGAGGUCUGUAUGUCAAAGGUCAAGGUCACAGUGACCCUGAAUAGUAAAACGGUUUCCGGAUGAUAACUCAAGUACACUUGGAUCUAAGAUCAUGAAAGUUGAUAGGGAGGUUGGUAAUGACCAGCAGAUGACCCCUAUUGAUUUUGAGGUCAGUAUGUUAAAGGUCAAGGUCACAGUGACCCUGCAUAGUAAAACGGUUUCCGGAUGAUAACUCAAGAACACUUGGGCCUAGGAUCAUGAAAGUUGAUAGGGAGGUUGGUAAUGACCAGCAGAUGACCCCUAUUGAUUUAAAGGUCAGUAUGUUAAAGGUCAAGGUCACAGUGACCCUGAACAGUAAAACGGUUUCCGGAUGAUUACUCAAGAACGCUUAGGCCUAGGGUCACGAAAGUUGAUAGAGAGGUUGGUAAUGACCAGCAGAUGAUCCCUAUUGAUUUGAGGUGAGUAUGUCAAAGGUCAAGGUCACAGUGACCAGGAACAGUAAAAUGGUUUCCAGGCAAUAACUCAAGAACACUUGGGCCUAGUGUCAGGAAACUUGAUAGUUAGGUUGGCCAUGACCAGCAGAUGACCCCUAUUGAUUUUGAGGUCAUUAGGCCAAAGGUCAAGGUUACAUUGGCCAGGAACAGUUAAAUGGUUUCUGAUCUUCUUGUCCAAAACCAUAGGGCCUAGGGCUUUGAUAUUUGGUAUGUAGCAAAAUCUAGUGGUCCUCUACCAAGAUUGUUCAGAUUAUUUCCCUGGGGUCAAAUAUGGCCCCACACCUAGGGUCACAUGGUUUAUAUAGACUUAUAUAGGAAAAACUUUGAAAAACCUCUUGUCCAAAACCACAGGGCCUAGGGCUUUGAUAUUUUGUAUAUGACAUCAUUUAGUGGUCCUCUACUAAAAUUAUUCAAAUUAUUCCCCUAGGGUCAAAUAUGGCUCCGCCGUGGGGGUCACAUGGUUUACAUAUACUUAUAUAGGGAAAAACUUUGAAAAUCUUCUUGUCCAAACCACAAAGACUAUGGCUUUGGUAAUUUGUAAUGUAGCAUCAUUUAGUGGUUCUCUACCAAGUUUGUUCAAGUUAUCCCUCUCGGGUCAAAUAUGGCCCCGCCCCAGAGGUCAUAUGGUUCAUAUAGACUUAUACAGGGAAAAACUUAGAAUCUUCAUGUCCAUAACUUACAUCAUUCAAAUUUGGACCACAUGUAUAGUUUUGAGUGGCAAGAUGAACCUUGACAUGAGUUGACCCUGAUCUUGACCUAGUGACCUACUUUCACAUUUCUGUACCUACAGCCAUCAAAUUUGGAUCACAUGCAUAGGUUUGUGUACUGAAAAAAACUUUGACCUUGUUAUUGACCUAGUGACUUACUUUCACAUUUUCGAAGGUACAGGCUUCAAAUUUGGACCACAUGCAUAGUUUUUUGUUCCAAAAUAAAAUUUGACCUUGAUUUUGACCUAGUGACCUACUUUCACAUUUCUCAAGCUACAGCCUUCAAAUUUGAACCACAAGCAUAGUUUUGUGUACUGAAAUGAACAUUGAUCUUGAGAUUGACCUAGUGACCUACUUCCACAUUUCUGAAGGUACAGGCUUCAAAUUUGGACCACUUGCAUAGUUUUGUGUUCUGAAAAGGAAUUUGUGUUUACAGUGAGCAUAUAAUUUCUGUUCCUUGUGCAAUUACUGAAUGCAUCAAGGGGGGCAUUUCGUGUUCGACGAGCUCUUGUUUAUGAUUUGAUUUUUACCAAACUGGCACACAACUUGUAUCACCAUAAGAUCUUGGUUCCUUUCUUGAACUGGCCAGAUUCCAUUACGGGUUCCAGAGUUAUGGCCCUUGAAAGGGCUAGAAUUAGCUAUUUUGACCUUGUCUGCACAAUAGCAGCUUCAUUUAUGAUUUGAUUUUAACCAAACUUGCACACAACUUGUAUAACAAUAAGAUCUUGGUUCCUUUCUUGAAAUGGCGAGAUUCCGUUAUGGGUUCCAGAGGUAUGUCCCCUGAAAGGGCCAGAAUUAGCUAUUUUGACCUUGUCUGCACAAUAGCAGCUUCAUUUAUGAUUUGAAUUUAAUCAAACUUGUGUCACCAUAAGAUCUUGAUUCCUUAGUUAAACUGGCCAGAUCCCUUAAUGGGUUCCAGAGUUAUGGCCCCUGAAAGGGCCAAAAUUAGCUAUUUUGACCUUGUCUGCACAAUAGCAGCUUCAUUUAUGAUUCGAUUUUAACCAAACUUGCACACAACUUGUAUCACCACAAGAUCUUGGUUCCUUUCUUGAGCUGGCCAGAUUUCAUCAUGGGUUCCAGAGUUAUGGCCCCUUAAAGGUCCAAAAUUGGCUAUUUUAGCUUUUGCAGCCAUAUAGAGACUUCAUUUACGGUUUUAUUUGAUACAAACUUCCAAAAUAACUUCAACAACAAUAAUUCUUGUAUUCUAUGACAAAUCAGAUCCAAGCGUAGGUUCAGAGUUAUUUUGUAUCUGAUUACCUCCCCUGAUUGUAAUCAAAAUGGAUUUAUUUCAGUAAGUUCUUAUAGGACUUAUUUGAAAUUUCAUUAUUAUCAUUAGUUGGACUGAGCCAAUGAGGGUAGAUAACUAUGGACCGAUUUUAUGUCAAAUUACCUCCCUUUAUUUCAAAUUAAAAUGGGUAUAUCUCUGUAACUAAUGAAGAUACUGAUCUGAAAUUUCAUUUAUGUCAACAGAUUUAUUUGGCAGAUCCUUCUUUUGUUCACUUACAAUAAUUUUUUUUUAAUUACUUUCCUUUUACGUUACUAUAAAUAGCUUAUAUUAGUAACUUUUUUAUUAUUGGCUGUAGGGAAAAACCGAGACCACUUUUCUGUGGUACAACAUGGAUGUACCUCCAAUUUUUAGGUGUAUUUUGACAUAUCUGUACCUUGUAAAAAAAUUUUUUUCUUUCUGGUUAAAAUUUCUUCCCUUUGUUGUUACGGUCCUAUGGACUUAGAUAUUUUUUCUGAGGACCUUCUUGUCCUCAAGUGCAAUGAUAACAGGUGAGCGAUAUAGGGCCAUCAUGGCCCUCUUGUUAAGAGUUAUUUUUAGUUGAUUAUGGCAUUUGAUCUGCUUGUUACCAGUGACAAUAAAGGUGUUUUUUUGCAUCCAGCAGUUGUUGAU